GAAAAUUGUAGAUGUUUUGGACGCAGUGUGUUCCAGCAUAAACAGUUGCUUCCUUUGGAUGUUUAUUGAUUAACUUGUAUUACCAAAGACAUGUGCCUUACUGUCAGUGCUGAGGAAUUAGCUGAACAUUGACAGGAACAGCUUUCAAAACGAAUCUGACCCCCACCAAACCCCACCCCACACUGCAUCAAAUAUACAGUGUUUGUUUGUGAACACUCCCAUCAUGAUGAAAAUUGCAGGGGGGGGGCUACAGUUUCUAUCAAUGAGCUCUACUUGUGUUUUGCAUAGUAUUUUACUCACAGCAAGAAUGCACAGUGUUUUAUACCAGCCACACAGGCCCACUGGUUUAAUAUGGAGAAUGAUUGUCGAAUGUGAGGGAUUGUGAGAAAACAGCAGCUACGGCCAAUAUGAGGGCGUGACAUGGAGCGACUCUGCAUCUUAUGGGCGGGGUUUUCUGGGGGCGGAGCUGAGGGUUCAUUGUCCGCGGGAUUGUUUGUUGAUUUGGGCCAGGAGUGUCAAAGGCUAUAACAGCUCCUCAGUCUGCGGCAGAUCUUUAAGAUCCUCCUCAAGCGUGGACGUGACAGUGGAGUUGCGUACCGAGAGCCGAGACGACACAUCGUCACUCUGAAAGCUGCAGUUAGUCAAAGAUGUCAAAAAAACUACUCAAAAGCACUGGGAAUGAGCACAGUGAAUAUACAAGAGGCCAGGAGGUGCUUGUGAUGAACCCAUACCUGGACUCCAUGGAAGAAGACAUCCUCUAUCACUUCAACCUGGGCACAAGAACCCACAACCUGCCUGAAAUGUUCGGCGAUACUAAGUUUGUGUGUGUUGGGGGCAGCGCCAGCCGCAUGAAGGCCUUCGCUGAGUUCAUGCACCAGGAGCUGGGUCUGUCCGGGAAUGCCGGGGACAUCCAGGACAUCUGUGCCGGAACAGAUCGCUACUGCAUGUACAAAGUGGGACCUGUGCUAUCAGUCAAUCACGGCAUGGGGGUCCCAUCCAUAUCAAUCAUGCUCCAUGAGCUCAUCAAACUGCUUCACCACGCCCACUGCCGCGAUGUCAUCCUCUUCCGCAUCGGCACAUCAGGCGGCAUCGGCCUGCCUCCAGGGACGGUGGUGAUCACCGAUGAGGCAGUGGACUCCUUCUUCCGGCCGCAGUUCGAGCAGGUGGUGCUCGGCCAGGUGAUCGUCAGGAGCACGGAGCUGGACAAGGGUCUCGCGCAAGAGCUGCUCCGAUGCUCCAGCGAGCUCCCGGCUGUUCCCGCCGUCAUCGGCGACACCAUGUGCACCUUUGACUUCUACGAAGGUCAAGGCCGAUUGGAUGGCGCACUCUGUUCUUUCACCCCUGAGGAGAAGAUGGAGUACCUGCACAAGGCCCACAAGGCCGGGGUGAGGAACAUCGAGAUGGAGUCCACGGUCUUCGCCGCCAUGUGCCACCUCUGUGGCCUCAGAGCGGCAGUCGUGUGCGUGACUCUCCUGGACCGCUUUGAGGGCGACCAGAUCUCCACCCCCCAUGAUGUCCUGCUGGAGUACCAGCAGCGCCCCCAGUACCUGGUGUCCCACUUCAUAAAGAAGUGCCUGGGCCUGGACAUCAUGCCGACCCCCCCACCCCGAACCUCGCAGGGGGUGUAGGACUGUGAUCAUAGCAUGAGCCUUAUUUAACAACCUUAUUUAAAGUGGGUACUUUGUUCUUCUUGAUAAGAAUGUUUGGUAACUAUUGAUUUCUGGAAUCCAUGUUUUAUUGCAGUAAUCUUGAUUUUUUUAAUGCUGUUUUGCUUUAAUAAGUCACUGUACAAACAGAA